AUGGCAAAAGAUACCGAGUCCGCAACGAUGCUGAUCAAAUUUCAAGUGGUCGAUGAUCAGAAAACACAAGAAGACCCUUACUUAUUAGAGUUAAAUCCUGCUCUUACAUUACACGAAACGAGAGGUGAAUUAGAACCCAAAUUUCCGAAUCACAGGCAGAAUUUUCAAUUUUUAUGGAAAGAGAGAAGAAUUAAGAUUAACCGAGAAAAGUCACUGAAACUAAUUGAUAUUUUACCCAAGCUCAACAGAGGAAUUCCUGUGGAAUCCUUCAAGUUUAAAGAUGUGCAAUAUCAAAAGAUGGAGUAUUUUAAAAAGGGGGAUAAAUUUGAAGUAACUUGUUGUGGUAUCGUGUUUCUAUGGAAGGAGAGUGGCGGUAUAAGAUACGAUGAUAAAGAGAUGCGCUCAAUUCUCAAUGGUCCCCAUCUGUAUGGUUUUUCAUUCAUUCCAUCUACUAUUCUGACAACAGAUCCAGUUCACGAUCAUAUUGAUGAAAUGUGUGAAAUAGCGGCAGAAGGACAAGAUCUACAGACUCUACAAAGCCUUUUGGUUUCAUGUUUACCCAACAUGAAAGGAGACUUUGUGGAUCAUGGAAAGAACACACCUCUCCAUUAUGCUGCAACCAAUGGUCAUACAGAUGUCUGUCGGCUUCUUGUCAAUCAUCUUGGAAGCAAUGUCCUUCAAUGUAAGGAUCAAAAUGGUCGAACCCCACUUCAUUGUGCUUUUAUCAGACAAAGAAUGGAUGUGAUUAUAUAUAUGUUAAGUUUCAAACCCGAUCUGGAUGCUAAGGACGUACUAGGUGUUAGCUGUAGAAAGUUAAUGUUCAAACUACCGCAAUCAAAAAUUGACUAUCUGUUCGAGAACAUAGACUUUAAUAUCCUUGAUGAUCGAAUAAUUUUGUUUCUCACAUGCCUUGCCUUACAACGAAAGAACAUUUCUGCUGGUCGGAAACUGUGUAAAAUAGUGAAACCAAUAUCUAGUUCAUAUUUCAAGCAGCCUCUCAACCUAGCAGCCGAGUUUGGCAAUGUCGAGCUUACUAAGAUGUUGUUGAACAGAGAAGACUCCGACCUUCCAAGUCACUCUCCUCUAGAAUAUGACAGAAAUGGACACCUUCCUCUUCAUUACGCCUGUCAACAUGGACACUGUGAUAUCAUACCAUUACUAUAUAGUGAUGUUCUUACCGAGAAGGAUUUUCAAAGAGCGACAAAGCUUAUGGUCAGUUGGAGGAAGUUCGAUGCUUUAUUAUGCUUAUCUGAAUUGCGAAGUAACUUAGUAAUAGAUCAAGAUCUUCAAAACUUUCUGAUAGAUGAAGCAGAAAGAGAUCUCAGUAAGAAUGGGAAACUCAUUGCUCCAGUUCUUCGAUCCACCCUUCAUGCCAAUCAAAGGAUUGCUUCUGAAGCGGCUCGUCAAAAUAACAUGGAUGUUAUUGAACAUCUCUAUUCUUUGGGAAUGCGGCUCGACUUGCAGGAUGAGAUGGGACGAACACCUUUACACGAGGCAUGUCAACUAGGUCACGGUGAAAUGAUCUCGUAUCUUAUUGAUCAUGGGAUAGACUGUCAUUUACAAGAUUGGCAAGGUUCAACAGCUUUACACUAUGCUUGCCAAACUGGGAUUCUUGAUAGCGUGUCUCUUUUACUAGACAAUCCCAAAACUUCAUUCCUGAUUGAUAUUACUGACAAGAGUGGACGCAAUCCUUUGUUAACUGCAGCCUACUGUGGUCAUACUGAUGUGGUAGUUUAUCUGCUGAAAUAUACCUCGUGUGAUGUAUGGAUGGUGGAUAUCUACAAUAAAAGCUUACUGAAUUAUUUACUGUUAUUGAAUACGACUUCUGUUCCUGUGAUAGUUGAAAUCUUAAGAAAUUGUAAAUUUGAAGACAAAACGAGUGAAAAGUUGAUGGUCGGUAAACCAAAGAAUCGUCGACCAAAAAUGGCUACAUACCAGUGUUCACUUUGUCAAAAAAUAUGGCACGUAUUUAACUGGCAUGAAUCGUAA